AUGAGUACAACCCAGCGAAGCGAGAGCAGGAAUGCUUUCUUUGACGGGUAUGUUCAUGCUAAGACAAACUUAAAAAAGUUUGUCGAUCAGUUCGAUAAUGCAUUGAGGAAGAAGAUUGAGAGUGAAAGUGAGGCAGACUUCCAAUCAUUCAACGUCACAAUUCCCGUCGUCUCUCCCUCUCCACUUGAGAAGAUUUUUCAGGGGAUAUACACUUGCAAUAAGUUUAGAGAAGUUCAGAAAGAAGUAAUAGGGAUGCUUGCAACUCUUCCUACUCUACACCGGAAGGAUGGUGUAAUUGCAACGUACCAUGUAGAAGAUGAAGUGGAUGUUGAGGAUUUCAUCAAGGAGGUGACCCACACAGUGUACUUUAAUGAGGCCGAAUGUGAAGUGAAGUGUUCAUGUGCCUUGUUUGAGAUGAGAGGGAUACUGUGUAGACAUGUGUUAGGCAUUAUGAGAGUUAACAAAGUCCGUUCGGUUCCUGAAAAGUACAUACUAGAUCGAUGGCGGAAAGACAUCAAAAGGACAUACACUCUUAUACGAAGUAGUUAUGACUUAGUUGAUCAGAGGCCUGAAGUUAGCAAAUAUUCACGUAUCAUCAAGAAAUGCUAUGAAGUAGCCACAAAUGCAUCUUCAUGUGAUGAGCACACUGAGGAUAUGCUAGAUAAGCUAGAUGCGAUGAACUUAGGCUACCGCACCAAGACGCCGCCCUCGAAGGUUGUAACUACUGAUGCCGACACAACGACAGCUGUGAGUUCUAAUAAAGUAUUGAGUCCAAAUGUAGUCAAAGGAAAAUGUAGACCGCCAUCUCUUAGAAAAAAAUCAAUGAUUGAGAAAGUGAAACACACGACGAAGAAGUUGAGUAAAAAAGGAAAGCGUAAACAGCCGCAUGGAAUACAAGGCGUGGAUGUUGGAACGUGCAGGAAUUUAUUUGGACAAACAGAUGUUGGAACAACACAAAAUGUUCCAGUUCAGUCGUCACAAUACACUACCGAAGUGUUGGACUUUAGUGCAACCGAAUUAGGCUUUGCAGUGAAUGAGACUCAAGAAAGUAUGCAAAUUGGGUUGGAUGGAACCCAGCCGGAAUUCAUGCAUGAGACACAACCGUCACAAUAG